AUGAGUGACUCUUUCAUUCAUGUCAAUCCUUUGACGGCGCCUUCACAUAUUAGUAAAUUGUAUCGAUUGUUAGACUUACGUAAUGAUGAAGGUUCAAACGGCAUUGUGAAUUCUAAUUUGGGCUUAAUUAUUCAUUGGCCCGAAAUUGGAUGCUAUGAAAAUGCUUCAAAUUAUUCUUCUCCGAUUAAGAGGAAUAUGGUUAAUUUACAUAGAUACUUAACAAAACUUACCGAUCAUCAGAUGUGUUUUAUGAGCUAUAAAGAUUUAGAAAAUUUUAAUCUAAAUUUAGAAAAUUCUUAUAAUAACUCUGAUGAUGAUGAUUAUUAUGAUGAUGAUGAUGAUGAUGACUAUAGAUUUGAAGUAAAGAAUAGCCAAAAAGAAAAAGAUGAUGUCAAAAUUGAUGACGGAUUUAAGGUGAAUCUGCCUAACAAAAUCAAGAUCGAAAUUAAUAAUCAAAUGGAAGAUGGUGUCCCAUUAAAUCCAAUAGAACAGUUUCCAGAUGAUCUUAAAACUAAAUCGCAAGAUCGUUAUUUACGUAUUGAUCGUAAUAGGAUGGAUAUAAAAGCAUUGAAAUUACUUGUCAAACAUGGAUUAAACAUGGGUGAACUUUUAGUUCCACUGCACGAAGCACUAUCCGUUGCUAAAAUGCAAAAUGAAAUGAGGAAGAUUCAAAGAAAAAGUGCUAUCGAUGAAGAUAUUAGUAUCAUUCAACAAAUGACAUCAAUAAAACUACGUUCUUUUGAGAGCAAUUUUGACAAACGUAAUAUACAAGAAAGUUCAUUAUCACAGACAAAUUUGGGCGAUACGGAUUUCGAAAGAAUUCGAACAAAAUAUCCCGAAAUAGAAAAUCAAAUUAAAGAAAAGAUUAAAAUUAACUCAAAAAAUUGGAAAAAAAUGAAAAAAAGGUAUAAUUUAACAUAUACCUUUAUUGAGGAUAUACUGGAAAAAGCCAACGAAGCAGGAGAAAAUGAUGAUGAAAUAACAGAAUAUGUAGCAAAUAUUUUUCGUAAUAUGUUCAUUGAUGACGAAACUGACUUAAAAAAAUUUCUUGAAAAAUAUACACAACAAAUACAAUCAAAAUUUAAUUGGAUACUUUAUGAUUCUAAAAUCGAUAAGGCAAAGCGAUGGGUAUUUGGCGAUCCAUAUAUCAAUGAAGCAAAACAAAAGACCAAAGAUAAAUCAGAUGAAGAAUUUAUUCAAGAACUCAUAAAUUUUGAAUUAUUUAAAGGAUAUGAUGAUAUUAAAGAAUUGGUUAUAAAUAAUUUCUUUAAAGAAUAUAAUAGAUGGAAAAAAAAUGAUUUUCUUAAUAAUCUUCAAGAAUUUUUGAAUAAUAUCCGAAAUAACAUACUAUUAGAAGAUAAAUUAAAGCGAGAAUAUGAAGAAGAAAAGAAAAUAAUUGAGAAAGAUAUGUUUGACAAAAUAUGUAAUGAAAUAGAAGCUAAAUAUAAAGAUGGUUCUAUGCGAUUAAUUGUGUUAGAUGUAAAAAAAUCAUUUGCAUGCUUUAUGGUUGAAUAUGAUAUUGAAGAGCUUCAACCAAACCAACUGCAGAUAACUAUUUAUGAAACAGCAUUAAAAGAAGAAGAUAAGCUUCGGAUUCAUGAAAAUGAUUCCCAUAUUCCAUGUCCAAUUUUACUUUCUAACAUGGAUCAAUAUGGUAUAUCAUUUCGUAUUGAUUUUCAGAACUAUAAUUUUAAAAAGAUAUCUCAAUUCGAUAAUCGUAAAUUUCUUCUUGUGCUUUAUAAUAAAAAAAUACAAAGAAUCGAAAUAUUCUUUGAUACUGCGCGACAAUUGGCACAAAAUUUUAAAUCACAUUUGACUAUUAAACCAUUUAAAAUAUUGAAUAUAGAUGAAAAUUUUAUUAUUGCAAUUAAUGAGCCAAAAGGGUUCCUCGCAAUAUAUAAUACGAAAGAAGUUAAGCUUGAUGUAUUUUCUUUUGAUGAUAAUCAAUCAAGAUUAUAUGGACACUAUGCAAAUAUUCAACUAUUGCAAUGGUAUAAUAAUAGUAUACCGAACAUUAAAUAUUUUCUAUUCAUCAAAGAUACUGAGGAACUAUGCUUUGUUGAGAAUGAUGGACGAGCACGUACUUUUAAUCUCAUAACUCUACAAUUCCGACCAGCAGCUUGUAAUUUUCCACGUAAAUUGGUAAAUGUUCUAAGUUCUACCGAUGGUUCUUGUAUUAUGGUAUUUGCGAAAGAGCAACGCGACUACAAUAAUGAUAUUAAAGAAAUUAAUCGUGUUUACGUUUAUUUUUCCAAAAAUUUUGGAGAUCCUGUUAGUAAAGUUAUUGAUUUACCAUCAAGUUUUAAAUCCUUGGAAUCUCUUCAAAUUUCCUGUAUCAAUAACCGACAGACUCAUUUGAUCUCACUCGAUUUACAGAAUGGGUGUUUGAAUUCUUUAUUAGUCAAAAUUACUCUUGAAAAAGCUCAAUUUCGUUUCCAAAAAUGCAUGCGAAAAAAGUCACCUAUAUUUCAGAGAACAAACCUAAAUGAUCUUAUUAAUGCCUAUAAAUUAACGUUUGAAAAAUAUCCAAUUGAUAACUGUAUCGAUUCUAAGCAAAAUCGUCCUCUUUGUUUGAAAAUAGUUCUCGAUAUUGAUGAUGAUGCUGUUGAAGAUUACGGCGAAAAAUUUGAAGAAUAUAUCAUUAAGAUGUUCGAAAAUUUGAAACAUUCCACAAAAAAACCCGCAUCAAUUCUAAAAAAGUUUUCUACAUCAGUGAUUACAUUUCAGGAACUUGAUGUUGAAGAUGCGAAUUUUCAGAAGAAAUUUUCAUCAGAAUAUCAAUUAGGCGAAUGGAUUAUUCAACUUUGUUGUUUAAUUCCUAUACAAAUUGCUGUAACAAGAAAUAAUUUAUUUCAACCACUUAAAGAUGGAUUAUCUUCGAACGAAAAUUAUUUAAUUGAACUUGAAGAUGAUAAUCAUGUAGACAUUAUAUCAAAAAAUAUAUCUUUUGGAUGGUAUGAAGGAAUCUUCAAGCAUUUUGGUAAUAAAAAAGUAAAAGUUAUUUCAAUCAUGGGCGAACAAUCGUGUGGGAAAUCAUUUAUGCUAAACCAUAUUGUUGGAACUACAUUUGGAUCAGCAAUGCUAAUUUGUUUUCAGCGUUGUACUGAAGGCGUAUGGAUGUCAUUAGUAAAUACACAAGAAUGUGUCUAUGUUGCGCUCGACUUUGAAGGAUUAAAUUCUCUUGAAAGAACUCCACAAGAAGAUAUGUUUUUAGCACUUUUUAAUACAGUUGUUUCAAAUCUUAUUUUUUUUAAAAAUCAAUUUGCUAUAAAUAGAGAUAUAUCAAUGUUUCAAAAAUUUCAAGAUGGUUCAAAAUUUUUUGAGUCUGAUCCAAAUAUAUUCCAGGCAAGACUUUGUGUUAUCAUUAAAGACGUGCCUAAAUUAGAUAGAGAUUAUAUUACUAGAGAAUUUCAAUCGAGAGUUGAUCAACUAUUUUCAGAGGAAGUUGAAGAUAAUUUUAUAACAAGAAUGUGUGGAAAUGGAUUGGAUAUUAUAUCUUGGCCAGUUCUUGGUGAUAUCGCAUGGUUUAAAAAGUUAUUUAUAUUUAAAACAAAGCUGGAUAAACUAGAAACUAAAUAUGAAAAUGCAAGAGCUUUCUUGCAAAAUACAAAAGUAAUCAUGGCUAAAUUGAAGAUAUGUGAUUGGGGUUCAUUGGACGAAAACCUCAUACAAAUUCGCGUUGCAACAUUAAAAAGAUUAUUUCCAAUUGCUGUUUCUUAUGGUAUAGAACAAAAAGAUUCUAUCAUUGAACACCUUAUGAAUCACGAUUCUGGAAAACCAAUUGAUGACCCAAUAAUUAACUUAUGUGACGUUUUGAAUAACUUUGAAAAAUCAACUAAAUUAUUACCAGACUCUAAUAUCUGGUUAUAUGAUAAUAAAUAUGAAACUUGUAUCCAACUUUCUAAUAUUUUAAGAAACUAUUUUGAAGAAAUUGUACAACCUCGAAGAGAAUCAUCUAAUGACAAUGAAUGGUUUUCUAGCCUUGAUAGAUUCUUUAAGAAUAUUAUUGCUCGUCGAACUUCACGUGUUCAAAAUUGGUAUAUGCAAAAUACUGCCAAUUUUCCACAAGAUAACAGUAAUGUUGUUAAUGGAAAGUAUGAAAUGGAGCAAGAAAUAAGCAAACUCUCACUCCUAUGGACCUUGUGUGGAUUAACAUGUCAUCAAUGUGGUUUGAAAUGUGUCAAAAAUCGUGAUCACAAAGAAAACCAUGACUGUUUAACUGAUCAUAAGUGUCAUUUUUCUUGUCACUUUACUGAAGCUCACAAAGAUAUAAUAAUCCCAGAAUGUAGUCACAAAGCUGGACAUGAAGGAAAACAUGCUUGCGAUAAAAUAAGUCAUUUAUGUGGUAAACCUUGUAGUCUUAUUGACAAGCGUAAUUGUCAAAAGGUUUGUUCAAAGAAAAUCGGACAUGAUGACAAUGAACAUUUAUGUCAAUCAAAACGUCACUAUUGUGGAAAAAAUUGUACAUUAUCAUCAUAUACCCAAAAAGGAGAUUAUCAAUGUCUAAAUAAAUGUAUUAUGUCAUAUGAAGAAGAACAUGAUUUGCAUCUUUGUGAGAAUACAAUUUGUCCAAUUCAAUGUCCAAUUCCGAAUUGCAAAGAAAGAUGUCAAAGUGAUGAUCAUUUUCAUGCUUUUUCUGACCUACAGGUCAAUCAUUUUUGUGGGAAUGAGCAUCAAUGUCGUGAAUUAUGUGAAGAUAAUGGUAUAUGUCAAGUGGUAACUAAACCUAAAGAGCAAGAAGAAAUUUAUGAAGGUUUAGUCAAAGAAACUUCCAUUACAUUUACAAAGUAUAUUCAGUUAAGUGAAAGAUUAAAAUGUAAUAAAAAGAUUCCUCCAAAUGAAUUUAAACAUACUGGAAAACAUACGCAUAAGGAAAAUGGAUUUCAUUAUUGUGAUGCAAAAUGCCAGUUUUGUGAAUAUUAUUGUACGUUACCCUAUGGACACACACUACACACUCAUGACACGGGACAUGGAAUUAUGACUCAAACUGAAUUCACAGGAGAAGAUAAUGUGUUUGAAUAUGCAGGAUCUCUAAUUGUUAGAUAUAAAUUAAGAGUUGGUGAUCAAGGAACAUUUGUUCUUUGCAAUUUAUUCUGUAAAGGUUUAGGCAGACAUCGUCAUAUCGAUUAUUGUCAAAAUGUAAUUAAUUGCAAAGAUGAAAAUCAAGGCCGAGAUAUACAACACAUUAAUGAGAAAGUUUUGCCUAAUCCUGAUAAGCCAAAAGAUUUCAUUUCUCACAAACUUUUCUGGAAGAGAACAGGCUUCAAAGAUCCUUAUUCCGUUCAAGAUCAACAAGAAUUUGAAAAAUGUGAUUAUGAAUGUCCCGACGAUGAGAAUCUCUCUUAUUCUAAUAAUGAAUUCUAG